AUGGACGAGACCGCCUCCAGCGUCUUCUUCAGCCGGCAGGACUAUGUGACUCUGCUGGGAAGCCAGAUACAUUGCCGCAAAACUCUCGGGGCCCUAUGCCUAGUGAACAAGACCUGGAAUGCAGCCUUUUCCCCUGUGCUGUACUCUCACGUCCGCUUGGACGAAAAACACGCCGAAGUCUUUUGGAUAGAGAAGCUUUACCGCCUCAUCCAAAGCCCUUACCUCCAGUUCACCAGGACAUUAGAAUUUCACUUCGUGCCAGAUAUGGGAAACUCGUCAGCAGCGUCAACGGAUUUUAACAAGUUCAAUAUGGCCGUUCGGUUAAUCACAGAACGGAUGCCGGGACUCCGACGGCUCAUGUAA